ACUUUCGAAAAAUAAAAAAAAAAAAAAAAGAAAGAAAAAUAAAAAAAAAACAUUUUCAACGUGAACUUUCGUUUGAAAAGAAAUAAAAUAAAAAUAAAAUACUGUCAAAAUGAAGAAAAUCAUGGAACGUGACUUUGGAAAGGGAUUAAAAAGUUGAAAAAGUACUCGGUGAAGUGACUUCUGAGUGAAAAAAAAAAUUUGGAGUCAGAGCAGCGAAAAGCUGCAGACGAGAAAGUUGUUUAAUUUAUAAAGUUAAUUGUGAUGACCAGACAUGGCGUCGAGAAAAUGCCUAGGGGCAGUCGUUUGGCUCCUAAUAUUCACGACGAGAUGGAGCUUCACUUCGUCCCUCGGAAAAACAAUAAAAGUUGUUCCAUUACCAGGGGGCCACAUGGAAAUAGUCCAAGAGGAAGCGUGCUCCGAUUCUUUGUUCAGACUAACUUGUCGCUCCCUCAGAGCUUUCAUAUUCAUUCUCGAGGCUCAAUAUCACUCGGACGACACAAAAGCCUGUGGCUACGAUCUCGCAAAGGUUCGACAAAAAUUCGAGGCCUUCCAUCAUCUCACCUUGAAGAAAAAACAAAAACAACGAGAGCAAUUGAAAAUUUUGCUUCGUUCACACUUUCUCGAUGACGAGGACGAGCGAGAGAACGACUCGAGGAUCGAUCUCAGAAACUCGUUCAAUCGAAGGUGCUCGGGCCACCACCACUGUCGCGUCAGUCUUGCUGAACAUCAUCCCGGUGCAGAUGUUUGGAAUCCAGCGACUCUCCGAAUCAAAUAUGCCUGCAUACCUGAAGCUUCAGUCUGGAGGUAUUGCAACUCUCAGGUGAGGGUGGAAAACGGUGAAGGAGGUUACAUAAAAUCUCCAGGUUACCCGCUGUACUACCCCGGCGAAUAUUCCUGCGGGUGGACGUUCGAGACCAUUCCAGGUCAAAGGGUGGCCCUCGUUUUUCACGAUCUCAGCAUCCGAGGUCGAGAACCCAGUGGCAGGUGCGUCGAUAUCGUCAGGAUACGAGACAACGGAAAGACGCUUUUUGAAUCGUGCGGCACGAGCGUGGGAAUUAGCAUAGUGUCGAGCUCCAAUCGAGUCACCCUCAAUCUCAUAUCCGCAUCGAGAUUGUAUCCUGCACGAGGAUUCCUCCUGCAGUACAAAGCUAUUGGUUGCCCAGAAGUUUCCGUGCCAAACGGAAGUUACGUGUCGAACGAGACAGUCGAGUCGAGGACUUUCAGGUGCAGAGACGCGGGUUCGUUGUUUCCGGACACUGGCAAAAACUCGAGGACGCUUGAUUGUGUCGAGGGACGUUGGAACGAGAGUAUCGACGAUUUGCCGAAUUGUGUGGCUUCCUCGGCCCUCAUCAUCAAAACCGAGGCGGAGAAUAAUCAUCUUUCGAGUUUAUCCGGUGACAACAUAGGAGGGCAGGGGGUUCGAAUUGGACGUGGCCAGGACGCAGUCGCGGACGUUACGAAUCUGGUUAUGGAUUCGGCGCAGCCAGCAAUGAUCCAGCAAGCAAACUACGUCGUAGAUGUCAUACUCCCAAGCAUUCUCAUCGCGUUGCUGUUUGUCGGUAAUGCGGUUAUCGUCUACAUUAUUUUCCAGUACAGGAAAAGAAAAACUCCAGCGACGGUUCAAGGGGAGGAAAUUUCGCUGAACUCCCCAGCGGCUUUGCCGCAGGUCUGACAAGCCGUUGACCUCGGCGUCAAUAAAAAAAACUAUUUUUAGCCCUAAGGAAUAUAAGUUUAGCGAGUAAGGCCUAAGAGAAAUCACGCACUCGAUCGCGAUGACGCAAGAACAAAGUCGCAAAACAAAAGAAAAGUAUAGCAAAUAAAAAAUGAAAAGAAAGAACAAAUAGCGACGAAUUCAGGAUAAAAACUUGUGAAUUUGACAUGUAAAAAAAGUACUAUGUACCCUAUGGUGUACCAAAAAUCCAAAUUCUAUUCUCCCUUCCCCUUCCCACUCUCACUAUAAUUAAUUGACAAAGAUUAAUAAAUAACAUGAAACGAA